CGGGGGCCGCGGGCGGCGACACCCGCCCGCCGCGCCCCUCCUCAGCCCCGGCCCCAUGGGCUCUCGUUACCUCGGGUUCCUCCGGGGCGAACGGGCCGCGCUGCUCGGCCCCGCCGCGACCCCCGGCUCUGCGGGCGUGGGCGCCUCUGCUGCCCGGAGCGGUGCGGGCCGCGUCCAAACGGCGGCCGCGGGGACUGCGAGAGGUUCGUAGAGAAUGCUCGGCCCGAGCAGGAAGGGAGAACAGAAAAGGAACGACGGAAAAGGAAGGAAGGACGGAAAGGGAAGGAAGGAAGUUUGAGGGAAACAAAUUGUUGACUUACGAGUGUAGAGGCCUAAGGAUCUGAGCUGAGAAGCAGAUUCAGGAUGGAAAGAAUCUGAGCUGAGAAACUCCAGGAUGGAAACAGAGAGCUUGAUAAGGGUAUUUCGAGCUUGAUGAAGGUAUUUAUACAGUCGUGAGAAACCAAAGUAACAGAGGGACCAAAGCAAGGGAGAGGAGGUGACGUGCCCGAGAAGGCACUUCUGGAGGGUUUGUCCCAGCUCUGAGGACUCCAAGGUACAAGACAGCCCAAAAUUGCUUGGUUUUUUACACAGUGGAGAAUGGGUGAAUCCUAAACCCAAGGUCUUCCUCUAAGGAGGUGAGUUUCAUGAGGGAACAGUGAAGAAACAAAGAGAAGAGCCCAAGGAUAUUGUUAGUGGCCUGUCUGCUGCCAGGCAGCCUGAGCCUGCACAGCUCUGGUGGGAAGGUUGGAAGGUGCAAACCGGGAAGUGUCCAGCAGGACAAAAACAUUUAUACAGAGUCUUCUUCCUGCUUUCAGCACCAUGCAGGCUUGGCAAAACCCACAGCAAAAUGGUUAUCCAGAAGCCCACCUGGAAUCACCAAACGUGCUGUUGUAUCACACCAGAAAAUUUCAAGUUGAGAUGAAAAUGUAGCACGUAAUGUGACAGUGCUGAUGGCAUGAGGAGCACACAAAGCAGUUCUACCUGCAGUGAAAAUCUCCAAGAAAGCAGCUCUCUCGUUUUCAGCCUGUCAGCAAAGCAUCAGGGUUGGGCACAGCUUCUACAUCCAGCAAAAAUGUUCAUGUCAGUGUAGUAACUGAUUAGAAAGUUACCAGGGCCCCAAGGACACGAACCGUGUCCUCCAGAAGCUGAUUAAAACAAGGAUGAGUUUGUGAAAGUCGGUUAUGGGAGCCGUGUCGGACUACAGCUCCCGGCAUGCCAUGCGGCCGGACUACAGCUCCCAGCAUGCGCCGCGGCCGGACCUUAGCGCCCAGCGUGUCCCGCGCUUGCAAGAUGGCGGCGCCCAGGAGCCGCUCGGGCCCGACACCGACAGCGACAGCGGCUCGGACUCGGACAGCGGCGGGGAAGCGGCCGCGCGGUUCCGGGAGGCUGCCUGGGACUGCCCCGCGCUGGCGGCGGCGCGGGCGGAGCCGCGCAGCGGGGGCUUUAGAAAGGAUCGGUUGCCGCCUAAAGAUCAGCCAAGCCUGAGGCGUGAGGCAAUCAGCCGCCAGGAGGGUGACAAUGAGCUCCAGACAACUCCAGAGUUCAGAGCACACGUGGCAAAGAAACUGGGAACCAUGCUAGACAGUUUCAUCACUGUCUUGAAGGACUCAUCAGGCCCAUCACAGACUCCAUUGGCACAGUCUGACUCUGAGGAUGAUGGUUUUCGCCUCUUCUCUUCCUCUGUCCCUGGAGACUGUGGCAAACCAGAGCCUUGCCCUGCAGCGAGGAGGAGGAGGCCAGUUAGCUCCAGUGACACAGACAGUGACCAAGAGUGGCAGAGGUGCCAGGAGGCUGCCGUGUCAGCUGCAGAUAUCCUGAAGCAAAGUGCUUUCCCUGCAUUGUCCCAGGAUCAGAGUCAGGGCUCUGUAAAGCCCAACCAGAAAAAGAAGAAGAAGAAAAUUAGGAAAGAGAAUAAUAUUCAAGAGAAAAUAAUAGAUCCAGCAGAGCGUGACCAGAUCUGCAAAGAUUUGCCUCGGUUGGUGUCUGCAAAUGGCCAGCAGGAGAGGCAGAACAGCAACCACAGAGAGAACUCUGUGCUGCCAGGAGCUGUGAAGAAGAAAAAGAAGAAGAAGAAAAAAGAAUGAUGAUUUUGCUCUGCAAACAGCAGGUGGUUGUGAUGGGUGAAGGAAACUGAAAGAAAACCUAACAACAGGAGUUGCUGCAGAUGAGGGAAAAUUAAUUGGCAGAGCAUCUGUUCUGAAAGCUCAGUGGCCUGAGAGACUAAUUAAGGGACUUCCUGUGCUCCUGGUGUCCCUGAGGAAGGGAACAUUGUUCUCCUCACACAGCAGUUGGCUGUGCUGCUGCUUAUGCAGGCCCAAUCUAAAAGGAUUAAAUGCUGUGCCAGACGUGCAUGGCAGAGGGAUGUGAUCAGAGCUGCAUUCCUCCUGCUCUGUCCCUUCACAUCUGAAACCCUUCUGCAGAAAGUGCAUGAUGAAUUGAAUUUGGUUUACAUGGCAACAGGUGAUCAACUGCAUUUUCUCUUGGCCUCCUUGUAGACUACUAAGAAUAGCUCCAGCCUUGGGAGGCUCAUUUAUCAAAAGCAUUCUGUCAGAAAUCAGGGCUCCUUAUUUUUUCCCUGCAAACAUCAUAACAAUCUGUUUUUGAAACCUGCUGUGUUGCUAAUCCCUCUGCAAUCUGCACCUCUCCAGGGCUCCUGCACAUAGACAUUGUGUGGUGAGCUGAUUUCAGGGUUGGUGUAAAUGCAUCCUACUGUUCCACUUGUCUCUGUUGAUUUUGUUUUCAUGUAUAGGGUUUUUUAUGGCAUCUGUUUUUAUUAAAUUUUACUACACUCUUGGACCUACU